ACAGAGAGAGAGAGAGAGAGAGAGAGAGAGAGAGAGAGAGAGACUGAGGGAGAGGGAGGAGGCUCGCGCAGCAUUAGCGCCUCAGUGCUCGGCUUGUUAGCUUCUAGUUAGAGGAGAAGAGCAUGAGGCCGUUUUGAAGAAUGGCUCAGGACGUGUUUCGAUCCCACGGUUUCACUCGUUAACGUGCCUUUGUUUCUCAGCGGAAUACGGUUUGUUAAGAAGUUUGUAAGAAGAACCAAGGAUCAUCCAUCAUCUCUUUGACUUUCAGUAUAACCUGACGGACAUUUCUGGGAUUUGGAUAAAACCAAUGAAAGAUUACCUUUUUCUAAUGACACACUAGCGGACAAAGGGUUCACAAGCAGAAUACACAGAACUCCAGAAAUUUGUUGAAGAUCAAGCUGGCGAGAAUGGGCCGGAAGAAGAUCCAGAUUACCCGCAUCAUGGAUGAGCGAAACAGACAGGUGACCUUCACUAAAAGGAAGUUUGGCCUAAUGAAGAAGGCGUAUGAGCUGAGUGUGCUGUGCGACUGCGAGAUCGCACUCAUUAUCUUCAACAGCUCCAAUAAGCUCUUCCAGUAUGCCAGCACAGACAUGGACAAGGUUUUGCUCAAGUACACAGAGUACAACGAGCCUCACGAGAGCCGGACUAACUCCGACAUCGUCGAGGCUCUUAACAAGAAGGAGCAGCGUGGCUCUGAGAGCCCAGACGUGGAUACAUGCUCGUAUGUUCUCACUCCACACACAGAGGAGAAAUACCAGAAAAUUAAUGAAGAGUUCGAUAACAUGAUGCGAAAUCAUAAAAUGCCGGCGGUUUUGUCUCAGCAGAGCUUUUCCAUGCCUUUGACACUGCCAGUCUCUGAGCACAGUGUCCACUCCUACAGCAGCAUGGGAGCUCUGGGUGAGGCCGGCAUGCUGUCUCCAUCCUCCAGCACGCUGCACAGAUCUCCAAACACACGGCUCUCAGCGGGUGUCCACACUUCCUCAGAUCACGCACCCAAUGGUGUGCACUCUGCUUCAGUAGUUAAUGGCUACAUUAGUGCUCAGGGAGAGAACAGCAUGGGCAGAGGACCGACAAUUAAAUCUGCAGCACCCCCUACAGGAAACCUUACAGGCAUAGGACAUAAGCCUGAGCUCCGAGUGCUCAUUCCACAGUCCUGUAAAUUAUCACCAUCUCUGCCAGAGGAGGAAGAGGGAAAUUUGCGGAUAAACAGCCCACCGUCCAGCCAAUCACUGAGCACACAGGUGGUGUCCAUGGCAACACCCAGUAUGCACUCGCAGGGCCUCCCAUACCCUGCUAUGACAUCAGCAUACAGCUCAGAUUAUGGCUUAAACAGCUCAGAACUCAGUAACCUACGUGGUUUCAGCAUGUCAGACAGCCUGACUUUGGCUUCAGGGUCACCAUGGCAACAUACUCAGUCAGCAGUUAUUUCUCAGGGAGUCUCUCGCUCCUUAUCCCAUGUCACUGAGCCGUCCUGCAGAUCUUCUCCAGUCAUGGAUAUAAAAGCUGAACCUGUGUCUCCCCCGAUGGCCUUCCUUUCUGCCCCUCCCUCCUCCUCUCUCCACUCUCCAGCUGAUAGCCUCGCCUCCUCCUGCAGCUCAUACGAUGGGAGUGAACGUGAGGAGCAGCGCAGAGAUGCCCACUCUAAUGUGCCCACCCCCUGCCAGGGCAGUGGCCCACCAGAGGCCAUCAGGUGUCCAUCACUUAAACGGCUGCGCACAGAGAGCUGGGUGACCUAGCAUUCGGAUUAGGAUUUGGCUGUUUGAAGGAAAGUAAGCAGGGAGCAAAUCGUUUGGUCACUAUUUAUUGCAAAUAACAGUAUUGCCUUUGUCCCUUUUUAGUAUAUGUAGCAAAAACUAUAGGGACAUAGGACACAGGAAGGAAAGUGUUGUGAAGGAAAAAUCUUCUUACAGGGUUGUACAGGGAUGACUAGUGAUCAAGUCAUACAGUAUCUCCUUAUCAGCAGAAAAUGAAAUUAGUGAAAAGCCUGUAGGUUGUUUUUUUUUUCAAUCAGGGAAUGAAGUUUAGCUUUAAAUGAGAUUUGUAGUAUGAAAUCAAGCCAAAAGUGUUUGAUAUUUGUAAAUGUGUCUCCAAUAUUCUUUAUGGGUCUUCAAACUGAAGCAUGAACAUGAGCCAACAAUUGCCUGCUUCAAAAUAUACUACAUAAUGCUCUGGGCCUAGAUUAUUUGCAAAGGAUGUUUUUGUUCUUUUUUCUCAUGCUAGCAUAUGCAAACAAACAUGAGCAUUAUUAAAAUUCAUUGUUCUUUAAACUUAAUAAUGAAUACGCUGUAAAUGCAUGCUGUAAUUAAAUUUUAGUGCAGGGGAGUCAAACUCAAUAUCCAGUUACUACAACCUUCCUGAGGUUCAAGUGCAAUAAGGAGUUAAGUGUGUCAUUGUUCUGUGAUUACUUUUGUCACUAAUGAUGCUAUAAGCCAUGCUGAACUCAUCUAAUCUGCACUCUGGUUAAGUGCAGAUCCAUGGUGCACCAAGGAAGAGCUAAGCGUUUAGGACACGUCGUCGUGACGUGUGACUUUACAUACACGAAUGCUUAGAGCAGGUGCAGUCACUUCACUAUAUAUAUAAUUAUCUCAGAUGAUUAGCACCAUUUGUAUCCGUAACAUAUUUUCUUUUCAUCAUAAAGGGCCUAGUGGUGCAAUAUUGUAUUUGCAUCAGUGUGGCCAAAGGGAGCAUUAAUGACUCAUAGAGGGUGCAAAUAAGAACACUUCUGUAUGACAAAAUAAUAAAAGGGGAAUCCCUUGGAACCAUGCGGAUUUCAUGGACACACACAGACAAGUCCACAAGACCUCGAGUGUUUGAUUUGUGACAAAAGCCUGUAUUGAAGGAGUUCAGCUCAGGUUAUUUAUUGUACCUUUUCUGAAGAUCCACCAUCCAGCGUGCUCUCUGCAGGACGGGUUCAGCACCCAAAGGUCCGGUUGCAUAAACAGUAUGGUUAAAAGUUUGUGGACACCUAACCAUCACACCUGAAUGUGCUUGUAAACAUUCCAUUCCAGAUUUAGUCCCCUAUUUGUUGGUAUAAUUACUUACUCUAUACAGGUGUCCACAAGCUUAUGGUCAUAUAGAGCAACUUCGUCUCUGCUUUAUAAUCUUCACAUCAGGUUUUUCAGUCUUACAAAUUAUUUGCAUUAUUUACCAGUAGGCCUCCUUUAAAAAAAAAAACACACGUCAUGGACAUUAGUAAUGAUUAACUGAGGCACUAUUUAUUAAACUAGACAUAAUGUAUUUGGUAUACUGUUUAUACAGUGGUGUAUAUAAUGUACAUAUUGUUGCCUUGAGGUAGAUGAAUAUGAUCCAUUUAAAGAAAUAUAACAUUUAAUCCAUGGUUGAUUUUUUGAUGGUUGAUUUUUGUCCUGAACAAGCUACCAUGUAUGUUGUUACUGAUAUAAACGUUUCAGAGCUGUUU